CCAGAAGGCUGCAUGUCUGCAAGCAUGCCUGCCUGUUCUCGACUCCACCACACGGCUGACAAUAUGAAGUUCACAAUGGUUUUCGUCGGCCUGCUCGGGCUCCUCGCGGCACCUGGGUUUGCUUACAAUAUCAACAUCAACGAUAGUGGCAACGUAGCCGGAAGUGGUCAGCAGUCAGUGAGCAUCAACAACCAGCACAAUGUGGCCAAUGUGGACAACAAUAAUGGCUGGGACUCCUGGAAUUCCAUCUGGGAUUAUGAUAGUAGUUUUGCUGCAACCAGACUCUUUGCCAAGAAAUCAUGCAUUGUGCACAAAAUGAACAAGGACGUCAUGCCCUCCCUUCAAGAUCUCGAAGCACUGGUCAAGGAGCAAAAGGGUAAAGGGCCUGAAGGAGCAUCUCCCAAGGAAUUGAUGUUCUCUAUCAACCCUACCAGAGUGGAGGACCUGAGUACAUUUGGGACAAAGAUUGCUGGCAUGUGCCGGGGCAUCCCAACCUAUGUAGCUGAGGAGAUUCCAGGACCAAGCCAGCCUUUCUACUCACGGAAAUGCUACAAAGCUAACUUACUCUGGAUUAUACAGCUAUCCUUCUGUGGAACGUCAGAGGAAACAUAUUAGAAUUUCCUGUGGAUUUGAUCAUCAUAUAAAUAAAAUGUGGGCUCCGACCAUUGCUAUACCUAACUAUGAGAAUGUUCUCUGAGAGUUGAUUAGCCUCUUGAAGACUCAAUAAACCCGUCCAGCACCCAUACAAUGUGUA